UCAAUCAGAUGCCAGGACGUGGAAAAUCAUUCCAAGGGAAAGGAAAGGGAAAAGGAGGAAAAGUUAAACGCAGGAACCCCCACCGUAGCUUUAGAGAUGCUAUCAUGGGGAUUACGAAACCUGCGAUACGUAGACUUGCAAGAAGAGGAGGGGUCAAAAGAAUUUCCUCUCUUAUUUAUCCAGAAACUCGUUUUGUUUUAUACGAAUACUUGAAAAGAGUAAUCAAAGACUCAAUGACCUACACAGUUCAUUGUAGAAGAAAGACAGUCUAUGCUUUAGAUGUCGUAAUGGCCUUGAAGAGACAAGGAAAUAGUCUCUAUGGAUUUGGUGGUUAAACCACUUCUUAUUGAUUAAUACAAGGCUUCUCAAUUUUGCAAUUUAUACAAUUAAGAAUUUGUCAGAAAUAGUCAAUUUGC